AUGCCGGUCCAUUCCCGGGAGAAGAAAGAGAACAACCACGAUGAGAUGGAGGUGGACUACGGGGAGAACGAGGGCAGCAGCUCCGAGGAAGAGGAGUCCGAGAGCACCUCCGUGUCCGAGGAAGGGGACAGCUCAGAAAUGGAUGAUGAAGACUGUGAAAGAAGAAGAAUGGAAUGUUUAGACGAAAUGUCCAAUCUUGAAAAACAGUUUACAGACCUCAAAGAUCAACUUUACAAAGAGAGAUUAAGCCAAGUGGAUGCAAAACUACAGGAGGUCAUAGCGGGGAAAGCACCAGAGUACUUAGAACCACUAGCAGCUCUGCAAGAAAACAUGCAAAUCCGAACAAAAGUGGCAGGUAUCUACAGAGAGCUCUGUUUAGAGUCUGUGAAAAACAAAUACGAAUGUGAAAUUCAAGCAUCCCGCCAACACUGUGAGAGUGAAAAGCUCUUGUUGUAUGACACUGUUCAGAGUGAACUAGAAGAGAAAAUCAGACGGCUUGAAGAAGACAGACAUAGCAUUGACAUUACCUCAGAAUUAUGGAAUGAUGAACUUCAGUCUAGAAAAAAAAGGAAGGAUCCAUUUAGUCCAGAUAAGAAGAAACCUGUUGUUGUUUCAGGGCCAUAUAUAGUAUAUAUGCUACAAGAUCUUGAUAUACUUGAAGACUGGACAACAAUAAGAAAGGCAAUGGCGACACUGGGACCUCACAGAGUGAAAGCAGAACCCCCUGUCAAGCUGGAAAAACAUCCACACAGUGCUAGAUCUGAAGAAGGAAGGCUCUAUUAUAAUGGGGAGUGGUAUGGACGUGGACAAACAAUAUGUAUUGAUAGAAAAGAUGAAUGCCCUACAAGUGCCAUAAUUACAACAAUUAACCAUGAUGAAGUGUGGUUUAAGAAGCCUGAUGGAAACAAAUCCAAACUGUACAUUUCUCAGCUACAGAAAGGAAAAUAUUCAAUCAAACAUAAUCACAACUGACCAUUAAACCAACCAGACAGUGUUAUCCUGCUUGAUGUGCCAUGAGAUGAAAGAUGUAUUUACUGUGUGUUCAUCUAUUUUUGUGGCAGUAUCUGUAUUUGUAGUAGUGUAAGUAAUCUUCAUACAGAUGUCUUAGAAUAAGUGACACAUAAUCAUAUUGACCAUGAUGUCUUGUCUCUAAUUUGGGUCCAGUGCCUAAGAUAGAAAGCAUUAACCAUUGGAGAGUCUGAGAAAAGAUUACAGUCCUAAAAAGCUAUGUGCAUGAAAUGGGGAGAACGGUACAUGGAACUGGGGGUAUAUCUUAAAAACUUUCCCCUGCUUGUUUGGCUAAAAGAGAAAUCCAAUUUAAAAUCUGCAUGUUGCCUCAGAGGCCUGCAGUAGGUAAACAUCCCCCUGGAUCUGUAUUUAGUUCUUUCUUGCACAAGCACAUAAGCAGCCAGGAUUCACACCUACACUGCUCUUUUAUACAGUAGAAACAAAGUGGUAUUUAUCAUUUUUAAAUGGAUCAUGUGCAAAUUGUGAAGUUUCACAACAUAUUGUAUAACUACUCAUCUUGCAUUUUAUGUCAUACUUGUCUUGUGAAUGUGUGUUAGCUUGCUCAAAUGUUUCUUUGAUACGGUCGAAUGGCAAAAAUACUCUUAAAUGGAAUCCCUAAAUAGUUGUUCUAGUUAUGUUGCUUGAGGUAAACUGUUACAAAUUCCCAUCAGUAAUAAAAUGAGGCCAUUAACUUGUUUGGGCAGCACUUUCCUAGUGUAGUAGCUGAUGUGCUGACUUCCUUCUCAUUCAGCAAAGAGUCUGUGAGGGAGAAAAAAAACGGGUGCAAAGAAAAUAUUGCUGGUUUUUUGUGGGUUUUUUUAAAUGCAAAAAAAAAAAAAGUCGGAGUACCUGUUCUGUAAAUGAUAAAACAAUAACCAAAAGUGUUACUGUGUACUCUUCUUGUCUGUUAGUCAAAUGAAAAGAAAUCUCUGGAAUUGUACGUUGAGGAGAAAACUGGUGCUCACAAAGCACUACUGCUUCAAAACCUCUCAUGUUCACUUCUGCAACACUAGUGCAAUUUAGAAAGCUGCAUUCAUAAGCUUAGUGUGAGGUGUAGGAUCUUUAGUUUUACCAUAUGUGAGUGAGGCUGGUAGAAAGGAUUGCCAGGGAAUGUGGGGGGUGGGGGGUAGGGGCAACAUGACUUGGUGGUUUAUGUGCACUUUAAGAUCCAUUUUGAUGAGUCUAUGAAGAAAGCCUGCAUCUGAUGGAGCAAACUGCCAAAAGAGAGUGUUAUGUUUUAGACUGGAUUGGUGCUGAAUCUGGAAUCUUACUUGCAACUUUGCAUUAUUUGACAUCCUGAGUUAGCAUCCCAAUAGGCAAAAAUUGCUGUGUUUUGUAGGACUGACACUGAUCAUCCCAACUCAUGUAGCUACCAAACAAACGUCAUGGUGAAUGAGAAUAGGCCUCUUAGUAAAGGAGGGAAAGCUAUAGCCCUUUUUAGAGCAGAGACUGUUCUACUUAAAAAUGGCAGCCCAGAGAGAUCUCCCAGAUAUAGUAGAAGUGUGCCUGCAUAUCCGACUGCAGCAAGCUAUUCCUGGAUCAUCUUUUUGAGGUUAAAAUAGUGUUAAAGUGAGGUUUGAUGGUCUUGAUUCUGGCAUGUCACUGCCCUGAAUGCUGUUUCUGCCUUCAAACUCUCUCCAUUUAGGUCGGGAUCGCAUCUGUUGGGUACUGUCCACAUGUGCAUAGGCACACCCCUUGCAUUGCAACCCAAGGCUGGGCACAAGUGCAGGGUUUCACAGAGUCAUGGAAUGCUGGCCUAUAUUAAUCAUGUUAUCUCACUUCUGUGUGGCUGGGACUAUCUGUGGGUCAAGGAAGUGUGGUGUCCCCCUUGCAUUAGUUCUUAUUACUGGGGCUCAGAAUAAAAUCUCUCCCAUUUAAUGUACUAAUUUUCUGUUUAUGCAAAAAUAUAUUUGCUGGAAUGGGAAGACACUUUUACCGUUGCCAAAAGUCAAAAAUACUAGGCGGCUGAAACUGACCAGAGCACUACUCUUGUUACUCUGCAUGCCACUCGUAUUAGCCAAAUGUAUAUAAAGUAAUAACAGGUUGGCACUUGACAAAACCUACUGUAUGUACACAGUUUGAUAAAGCUUUUUUGUAAUGAAAGAUUUGUAUUUUUUAACUUAGUGUAUAAAUAAAUGACCUGUCAUGAAGAAUCCAAA